GUGAUAUUCCGACUUCAGAUACUGGAGAUAUACUUAUACGAAAAAAUCCGGGUGUCCACCGUGUUCGCAACUUUAUCAAAAACCCUCCACUGACGUGAUUCGAACGCUUCAAACUGACUACAAGCACUGGACAGCGAAGCCAAUAACGCGCGAGACUUCUACGAGCUUCAGUUGGCGCGAGGGGGAUAAGCCAAGUCUGUCAACUUUUGGAAAUGUUGGAAUCGGGGAAAGAAGACAAUACGUCGACAGUCCGACGAGUCCCGAUACGAAAUCUUCCCCGAAGUUGGUAGAAACUCAAACCGAGGAGGUCGAAUCGGUGAAACGGACGGACAACGAAACUUCGGUAUGACAAAUAUUCCAAAAUCGAGAGCCAAAAACCAUUUUCAAGUAAAUUCAUUUCCAGACGAUCGUUGAUGCCGAGGAAAAAAACGCGCAGACUUCAUCACAGUGUCCGGUUUGUUCAACGUCGCUCGAUUACUCGCCAGACGGAAUCUGCCCAUCUUUCUUAGCUAUGUACCAGAAUUUUGAGAUGUGAGUAACCGGAGAAUGCCCACAGUUUAUCAAAAAAAUGGUAAAUAUCUAUUUUCUUCCAGGUUUUGUUGCGACCAAGGCCCAAUCGCGAAGAUAAAACAAGAGCCCCCGCUUCUCGUGGAGAGAGGAACAUUGGCAGGCUCGAAUUGUAGUUUCAAAUCUACGGAAUCAACGAUUUUAUGCAUGAAAAAAUCACCUCGGGUCUACGAAACUCGUUGUUGUCCGACACACGGCGCUGGUCUGAUCGCGCAACGAGCCGGUCUGCCUAAUCCAGUGAAAAGGAUAAGCUUGCCGCAUUCCAUAAGAAAAAGUAAAAAGACUCAAACAUCGUCGCCGAAGCCGACGUCGGUAAUGGACCAAAAUACUGAAAUUGAUGCUGCGAUUGGCACCGAAGAAGUCAUGAUAAAACAACCAUCGAUAGAAGAAGCGUUUUCCUCGUCACCCAAAGUUAUACAUAGUUUUGCGUCGAGCGAUGGGUUCGAGCCCAAGCAAGAGAAUUUAUUAAGAGAAAGCAUAAAUAUGAAAACUCAAGAAUGGACCAAUGAAAAAAGUUCGUGUUCUCUUAAAUCGAACGUCUCGCCACCGGUCGAAAAGAGUAGAAUAUCCGAAAGCUCGAAGGAAGGAGAAAAAGUAUCUGCAGAAGAGAUAGUUUUAUCAAAAGGAGGAUCUUUGGAUACCGAGAAAGGGGAUGAAGAGCUCACGUGAGCUUCAUGCUAAGUUCACUGAGAAGCUUCGAAUAAUCCUUUCUAAAAUACAUUCCAAAUUUAAAAUCCCAAUUUCAGCGUUGAUACUAAAAGUGCAAGCACGUCUGAUCGGAAUAACAUUUUUCAAAGCGAUGCGAAAAUCGAGACGAUCGCUCCGGUUAAAACAUCGCCGAUUCGAGGGGCGAGUUCUAUUUCUGCUGUAAUAAACGCGCCGAUUGAAGAUCUCGUUCAUACGAAGAAAAAUACGAAGCACAGUGCCGGUUCGAAAGACGCUCAGCCCAAGGCGGUAAGUCUAAUGCAAUUUUAUACGCCGAUUGAAAAAGAAAUUAAAUAACAAAAAAAAAAACAUUUUCACAGGGUCCAUUUUGUAACUGUUCAAACCAGUACUACUACAAAGAUGUGUUCGGCAGAAACAUCUGCAAUCAUUGCGCCGAUAAAUAUUUAAUAAAAAUACCGCACCGACGUACCACGAUUCAACCAGCUGUCGCCAACGUGAAAUGCUGUGCCUGUUCGCAAGCAAUUUUCUAUCAGACUCCAGAUGCUUGCCAGCCGAGAAACAGAAGAUGCGGAAAAUGCAGCAGGUAUCAAAUGUACGCGAGUAGCCAAAAGUAGCCGAAGAAUUUUCUGUCAACGAUCAGAAAUUAUUUCCCAAAUUAUUACCAUAGAUUUUGUGCGUGUAAUGAGAUGUAAAAUAAAGUAAAUUAUGAUAUA